GCGCAGUCUGCCUCUCAUUGCAAGUUGAGCCACAGCAGCAAGAGGUGCAAGCCUGUGAUGUGGAUACACACAAGAAAUACAGCAUAUGUGGCUACCGAGCACAGCAAUUUUUUACUGGUAUGGCUGUCUCUAUUUUUUUUUCUUAAGCUGUCAUUAAAAAAUUGCGAUUGGGCCGGAGUCAGUGAAGGAAGGAGAUGGUCGUGUAGACGAGAUUAUGUGUGGCGGGGAAGUCAUUGAACGUCUUUAGCAGGAGUUGUGUACAAGCGAGAAAACAUGGGUGGGUGCUAUUCUACAGCCAAUCACAGGGGUCUGGCCUUACCCAAGCACAAGAUACCAAAAGAUGUUGGCACCAAAGAAAAUGGCAAAGCUCCCAAUAAUGCUUAUAUAUUUAAGCCUACAAAUGGCUUACCAAGUGAGGAUCUGCAUCAAAGUCCAAAUUAUGGUCCCAAGGGAAUGAAGACCAGAAAUGCAUGGACAGAUUCAACUGCUGGGGGUUUACCACUUGCAGAGUCCUUAAUAACACCAGAAAAUGUGGGAUUGCUAAACUCUGAACUGAAUGGUCAGUCUUCUAAAGGUGUUGUUCCUUCAGACAGUGGUAUAGGAAGUAUAGGGUCCCCUCAGGAAGAAAUGGUUAACAAGGAACCACCGAAGCAGGAGUUCACUUUGUGUAGGUCCUGUAGGCAGAAAUUAAGGAGAAUCAGUCAAGGACCCUGUCAGCAAUGUGGAAAUUUCCGCAUAGAUGCAUCAGACUCUCCUGUUCUGAUGGUCGAAGACACUUACUGUACUUGUGGACCAAGACUCCUGGGAAAGCAGCCUACGUGCAGGACUCACAAGUCCAAAACAAAACUGGAUCCAGCCAACAGGCAUUCAGAUUUUGAGGGAGUGGCACUCAAAUCUAGUCUGAAGAAAAACAGACUAACCUUGGUAGAUGGUAGGCGUGUCUGUAUGUCGUGGAAAUCGACAGACAGUCUUGAUCUGAGCAUGUCUCUUUGUACCUGCAUGGACCAGGCAAAGAGCGUGGCAUCAGAAAUAUUCGGUGAUGAUGUGAGUUUUCGUGCACCUCUUGCUCAGUUUGAUUCAGUGGACUGCAGACUGGAUGACAGAAAUUCAACUAACAGAGACAGUUUGUGUGACAGGGUUGCUGGUGGUGGAGCAGUGCCAAUACACAGGUUGAGUAUAUAUAGUGAGGUCAUGGACUUGGUGGAUAGCAUCUAUAAGUGUGACCACAUAACCGAUGCUGCUGGAGUUAACAGACAUGCAAGACCAGUCCAUGAGAAAGAGGAGGAGGAAAACCAUUUAGACAACAGCGAGCCCUCAGUGCACAGGGCUUUCAGCAGCGGUGAGUAUCCACACUUGCAAACAAAGAAUACUUCUGUAUCUUCAGACAAUAGGAUGGAUUCUGAAAUCUUGCUGCGAAGAUGGACAGACAAUAAGAGGGACCACAUUUCAGUAUCAGUUUCAGAUGCUGAUCAAGAUGCCUUUGAUGAAACAGAAAAGCUUUUGUCUGAAGAAACUACUGAAUCAAGGGAAUUGUGGACCACAGACAGAGCAUCAUCCGUGGAUCUAGUAUCAGGCCGGUGCCCCAUUUGUACCAGGGGCCGGAAGGUGGUUGUCAUGGAUCAUGAGAUGUACACUCAGCUGCUGACCGAUCUGGCCUUACUGCGAGAGCAGCUUAGUCAGCUCUCCGAGGUCAUUCAGACUGACCGUGAACUUCCAGAACAGUUGGAUUUCUCUUUAGAUGCUGAAUGAAGAAACACAGGUUGUGACUCCUGGUGACCAGUUGACUGUAAACUGCUUUGUUCUAAGUUUUGUGUGGUUACGACAUAUUUAAUUUAUGACAUUUAAUAUUGGAUGGGUAGAAUCAAUAUACAAAUGGAUUUUCAUAUCACUGCAAAAGUGUUUUAAAUGUUAAAGUGAAGUGCUGAGGGAAAGCAGAAAUAUAAUUCAUUAAUGCAGGUUAUAAAGAAAAGUCUUUCCAUAUUGAUGUAAUGUAAUUUCAGAAAGUGUAAUCAGUUUCCACAUUGUUUGGUUUAAGCUGUUAAUUGGAGAUCUCAUGUAGCAGUUGCAUCAGGUAACACCUACAAUCAUUUUUUUGUCAAUUUUAAAAAAUGAAUUUAAAAACUUUUUGCAGCGUUUUGCAUGUGACCAAACUCAUUUUUUCUGAAUUGUUGCAAAAUCUUAAUUGCACUUUAUGCCAUAAGCCAGUGCAUAUUUUUUUUCUAUUUUUAAUAAUCAUUUGGUUUAAAGAAUUGUAUUCAUAGAAAGGUUUAUCACUUUUGUUUGUUGAGUUGAGUUCCACUGUGCACCACCCCUCAUCUGUCUGUCACUGACUUUGCCUAAAUCUGCAGUAGAUUUAAUAUCUACUCUGGCAUUUUUCAUUGCGGUUUGAUUCUAAGCAAGUCAGAAAACAGCAUGUGAUUUUGUAUAUUUGUCAAAAUAAAUUAUUCUUUUAAUUUUAAGACAUUCUUAUGGUUCAGAUUUAAUGACUUCCCAAUUCUUUGUCGGUCUGAGUUUUACACAUGCUGCAAAGGACCAAAUGCCUCUAAUUUGCAAACUUCAGCUUGUAUUUAUUGCAGGCCCAUGAAAAUUCAUGGGUAAAAAAAAUGCCUUCGCUGAUGAACGUUUCAUUUAUGUCAAGAUGAAAAUUGUGUCGUGUUUGUGUGUGCCGAUUGGAGAAAAGUAGAAAGGAGUGUAUUUUGUGGGUCGUGUGCGAGGCUCAGUAAGAGAGUUGGCUGUGUUGCUAGAGCUGUGCUGUCCACGAGGUUUUGUCCCCCCCAUACAUCCGUCCAUAGUUCAUGUUCCCAUUCAGUCUGCAAAUAGUCUACUUCAUGUUGGCCUUGUCCAUCGCAUAUUUUCAUGUUGCAUGCGAAAUCAACAUUGACAUUUGAAAUUAUUACCUGACUUAUAAUUUAGUGUUUGGAUCUUUGAUCUAAGAAAUUUAUAUGCUAGAUCAACCCUCCCACCACACCACCACAUGGUUUGUGUGCCUGAUUCGAUGUUGUAACAGACAUGCACACUUUAGUUGUGAGGGAACAAUCAGAAUUAGUGGAUCAGAAACUACUACUACUUGGUUUUUUUAGUGGUUAGGGUGGUUGAUGAAAUACUUGGAUGACAAUUUUGCAGUUAUGGACUAUAUAGUCAUGGUGCACAACUUUUGGAGAGAUUGGAUGAUGUAAAGUUUACAUGGAUCUAGUCAAGUGAGAUGCCAAUGUCUUUUUUUUUUUAAUCAAAACAUUUGCAUUCUACAUAUUUAUGUUGAGGAUGAAUAUUAACAUUUGUAUGAUUUUUGUAUUUUUCUGUGUGAUCCCAGUCCUGGAAUUAGUGUGUUGCUACAGAUUCAUUUAUCAUCACUUUUCUGUUCAGUGACAAGUGAAGAAAGGCUAUUUUUCAUUGCUUUUCUUGGCUAGAAUUAGAAUGGAAAGGUGUAUGGGUCAUGUCAUUAUAGGGCCUUGGCAAAUAAACACUAAUCUGAUAAAUCAGUUUUGACACUGUGACAUGAUAUUUAAAAACUAAUUUUUAUCCCCCUACAAUUUUUUAAGGGGAGGGGGUUGUGACUAUUUUGAAACUGAGAAAAAUGGAGUAAAUGUAGGUGGAGGCUUAUUAAAAUAUGUCCACAAAGGGACGAGAGUACACAAAAAUAUUUAGUGUCACAUGUCCCAUCAGUUACUUUCCAUGAGUGUUCACGUGACAAAUACGGUACAUUUUGAAAACUAUUGUGCGUGUUAUUUUUAUUUUUGGUUACAGGGCACAAUAUGCAUCAUGUAAACUGGUAUUUUCUAUUGUUGGAAACCUUGAAACGUUAGCUUGUUGGUGUUUUACCACAAAGGUUUUUAUUGUUACAACUGUUUGUAUAAUGGGUUCUCUCCAUGUGCUGGAGUGGGAACCUUCAAUUGUGAGUUGCUGAACGAUCUGGCAUAUGUUGUUGGCAUGAUUUUAAAGUUCUCAUAACUAUUGGUUUUUAUUUUACUAUGAUUUUUUGUUUUGUUUUGUUUUAGUGUUUACUAGGAAAGUUAUGCUCAUGGCCCUGAAAAAUUGAAAACAAAAGGCAUCACAAAUCCAGUUAGUAAAUUUAAGCAUAAAGACUUGUCUUUAUAGGCCAGACAAUUUAGAUUCUGGUUAUCAGUUUCGUGAAUUUGGGGAAAAAAUGUAUGAAAAAAAACCAGAUACUGCAGUUCAAGUAGCUGGGAGAUCUGAAUGCUUUGUUUGCAAUCAGCUUUUCAUUCUAUAAUCCCAAGUCAGAAUUCAAUCACUUUAUUGCAGUGAUCCUAAGCUUUUUUCUUUUUUUUAAUUUCUUGUAAGUACUAGUCGGAAAUACCUUUUUUUUUUUCUGAUUUUUGUUGCCACUUAGUUCCUAUCUGGUUCUUUUAGCAUGACCUUCAUAUACUCUUAAAGCAAGAGUCUUCUAUACAAUUUAUACUUAAAACAGCGUUCAGUUUCACACAUUUGUGUCAUUUAAAAGAGACCUUUAUAGACUAGAAUAUUUUAAGCAGAUAUUGUUUUCAGCAUCUUUGUUAAUGUUAUAUGAAUGGAAGAAACUUUCUUUUAACCUGCAUUUUCAUGAUAAUCAAGGAGAACAACAAAGAUUAAAUAAAAGUCUAGAUUGCUCAGAAUUUAUUUACAUUUCUUACUGUUAACUUGAAGACAGUCGUUAAAUAAAAAUGAAUUAGAAGUUCAUCAGUUUUUUAGAGUUUUCAGUUUUAACUACUUGCAUGCAUCAGACUCGGGAUCUUCCACUUUGUGACCUUCUGUCUGGGGUUAGUGAUGUGCGUGUACAUAAAACCAGUAACUGCAGAUACAUAAGGUGGAUUUCUUCCCAUUAAUAAAUCUACAGCAGAGAUUUCAGGACAAUGCAAAGAUGAUAGAAUGGUGAAAACUACCUUGGUGCAGGUGUUGGACAUCAUUUAUUUUUCUUUCUUUUUUUAGGUAGAUAGAUCUAGGAGGUCCCCUGCAGAUGAGAAAUGAGAGUAUUAAUGUGUUUAGAGCAAGUCCAUCAAGGUGAACUUGGUUACCCCUAAAGACUUACUGGCAAAGGUGAAAAGCUAGACAGCUUGCAUUUAACAAUGCUCAUGCAUAGCAUCAACUGGAGAAGUCAGUCAUGUGAGGCAGCCUACGAGUUAUACACAUUUGAAGCACCUCAGAUGACUGAUUUUCUUUAGUGUCUGCACAAAUAUGAAAAUGUUUGCAUGAUGUAGAAAAUAGAAACACUUGUCUGCUGGUUCUUCAUUGUUUGUAUUGUGUUGGCUUUAUGGGACUGAUAGUAGCAGACUGGUAAUAACAAUCUGCAACUACAGUUUUCUUGUUUACUUUGUUAGUGCUUGAAAAAUAAUUUUUGAAUAGGAUUCUUGAUUGUCUUUUAAAUUCGUUUGCCUGCUCCCUUCAUCAAACUUUCCAGAAAAGCAGUUAAAAUGAUUAGAAGAAUAGUAAUGACGUUGUUUCAUAAAAAUUAAAAAAACCUUGACACAUCUUUUCAGAACUACGUUUUCACUCUGACCCUGUCCUGACCAUGAGUGUGUAUAACAUGUCUGUAAUUUAUUUUGUGAGUGAAUUUAGAAGUGUUUCUGUUGUAUGAGAAUAUAGGUGCAUGGUUGUUGACGAUAUAGUCUAUGUAUUUUUUAUGUAAAUCGCUAUGAGCAAAUCUUUGGAAAGGCACUAUAUAAAUCAUCAUCAUUGUUAUUAUUAUUUUAAUGGUAAAAUGACUAUCUUGUGAGGAAUUACGAGCAUCAUGAAGAUAAAACCCAUCCGUUCAAGAAGUGAUGGUUUUCAUGUUUGUAUCUACUCCAAGGGUGCCAACUGGCCUAAACCCAAUAUGCCACCAAACAUUUCUUGUCAAACUAUUUUGCUCACAAAGCUGCAAGUUUCCUAAUCUGUGGAUGUGUGUAUUUGUGCAUUUUCAUAUUUUUUAAUUCCAAGGUUCAAAUGUCUUCUAAAACUCAUCACCACCAUUGUGAAGGGACUUGAAAUUUCAAGACAUGAAAUCAGCAACACCAAUAUUAAUGUGAAAUUGCUAAGUAAUUUGAAAAUUUCAUGAUUGCCAUGCCAAUACACCAUCGGGAUAUGCUAUCUUUCCUCCCAAUUGUUAACUUUUGUGUAAUUUUUGGCCUGCAUAGAUGUUUUGUGAAAAAAAAAGACUUAUGGAGUGAUUUUUGUUUUGGUUUUUAUUUUUAUUUUCUCUUGUAGUACUACUAAUAUGGUUAUUUCUAGAUAGCAGAAUAUGCAAGAGUGUUUGUACAACAUAUCAUUGGAAACUGUAAACAGGAUGAAGCACAAUGCAGUAGUCAGCACACAUAUUGCUAAAAAAAAA